GGUUGGUUCCCUCGUUGGCCACGUCUCCAGGCCACGUCGCGCAUCACACGCCAUUUUCCAAACCUUUCCCCAGAAUAGACCAUUACCGCUCUAGAUAUCAACCCAAACGGGACAUCAGCGUGUCCGUCAGAGGCCACCUUACCUGCAGUGUUCAGGGAGAUUUGGAGGGGUCGACUGUAGAAGGAAGCGGAGGACCGUGCGUCUUGCAGAAACAUGAACAUCUUCAGGCUAACCGGGGAUCUCUCCCAUUUAGCGGCCAUCAUCAUCCUGCUGCUGAAGAUAUGGAAAACCAGGUCUUGUGCCGGUAUUUCGGGGAAGAGUCAAAUCCUGUUUGCCUUGGUGUUCACCACACGUUACCUGGAUCUGCUCACCUCCUUCAUAUCCCUCUACAACACGUCCAUGAAGUUCAUCUACAUCGGAUGUGCCUACGCCACGGUCUACAUGAUCUACGCCAAGUUCAAGGCCACAUAUGACGGAAACCACGACACGUUCAGGGUGGAGUUCCUGGUGGUCCCUAUCGGAGGUCUGGCCUUCCUCGUCAACCACGACUUCUCUCCUCUUGAGAUCCUGUGGACGUUCUCCAUCUACCUGGAGUCGGUGGCCAUCCUGCCCCAGCUCUUCAUGAUCAGCAAGACGGGCGAGGCGGAGACCAUCACCACCCACUACCUGUUCUUCCUCGGCCUCUACCGCGCCCUCUACCUCAUGAACUGGAUCUGGCGCUUCUACUUCGAGGGCUUCUUCGACAUGAUCGCCAUCGUGGCGGGCGUGGUGCAGACCAUCCUCUACUGUGACUUCUUCUACCUGUAUGUAACGAAAGUCCUGAAGGGCAAGAAGCUGAGUCUGCCUGCGUAAGCGCCAAAGGGAGAGACCCGAGAGAGAGUGUGUGUUUUUGGCAGACUCAAAGCAAUGGUGAACACAAGGAGGGGGGGGGAGGGGGGAGGCAAAGGACACCACUUGCCUGCCCCCCCACACACACUCCCCCCCCCCCCCCCCCCCCCCCAUCGUCCCAUCCCCCCCACCCCCGCCUCCGGUAAGAUGCCUGAGACAGAGAGCGAAAGGGAGCCGCUGAGCGUCGGCCAAUCGAGUCGCCUCGUUACCGACUAACAGUCCACAGGAAAACAUGGAAAACGGGUUCGGAUCUGCAUCGGGCCGUUCAUUGGCCUUUGGGUUUCUGUUUUAUGCAUCUUGCCUUUACCUUUUUUUUUCUAUCAUUAUAAUAAUUUUAUUUUUUAUUCUGCUCUGUGUAAAAGGAAAGAGGAAAAAAAAGAAAAGCGUUUUCUACAUUGGAAAAAUAAUCUUUAGGAAUUGACUGGAGAGCUGAUCCUCUGUUGGGCUCCUUGGUGAAUGUUCCUUGGUUCCGCACCGUGUAAUAACAGCGAACAAGUGGUGGGAUGAUAUUGACUCGGCUGUGUUUAGCAAUCUGAAUAAAUGUGUUAUUUUUUUCGAAUCGGUUGGGGUAGGAAGAGGGUUUUGUUACAUCCCCAUGGUUGAAUGGAGGAUAUGUUUUAAUUUAAAUGGUUCACGGCCCUGACUACAUUCCUGUGUCCUUAAAGAGGCCUUCUCCAGAGUUCCCCUUGUGCAUGUCACACCUUUAGGUUGCUGGUGACGUCACACACAUUUCGUUGGUUGAAAAUGAAACUUUGUUGUUGAUUCCAGUAUGGACUGCGGUAAGGGCUUUGCCUGCAAUUCCAAAGAUUGAUUUUCUCAAUAAAUUUGCCAUUGAUGUUUUGGAUACCUAUGCGAUUUCACCAGGUUGGAUUUUAGGAAAGACAAUAAAAGCAUUCUGUGCAGUCCAUGAAAUAAUCAAAAACAUGCCCCAAAAUGUUCACUGCUGUAAAUUAAGUUAUUUUUAAAUUCUCAUUUGAAUACAAAAUCUCCCAAGACUGGUGCCAUAAAUCACCUGUAAUAAUUCACCUGUAAUAUUUCAUUGGCCCACUCACAUUCACAUUACUCCUUUAGAUGUUGGAAACAAGUAACUUAUUAAGUGACAUGUAUUCAUAAAUACUGCUAAAGUCUACCUUCUUCAAAUUAAAAUAUACUGUCUGACGUAUUGUCCAGGUGACAAAUAUCUUAAAUGUCUCCCAGAAGCGCCUUGUGGUGAACAUCCUAUCAACACUGUUGCAUAGGAAACAUCCAGGGGGCUGCCAUCGGUUUUCAUUCCAGAUCAUUCCAUCUUACGUUUAGUUUUGUCAUCAUAGCAGAGGUUCUGCAUGAAGAUGCAACCACAAAUAAAGGUUUUAUGGUAAACACAA